UUCCUCCUUUCUCAUCUCCCACGCGCUCCCAAAAGAGCUACUUUUCACCGCUAUGGGUAAACGGUCACUCCUCCUUGCUUCACUCUCUUCCAUUCUUGUUCCCCAAAAAGCAGUAGGCUCCAUGUCCGCUCCCUUCCCAGCAGUAGCUUAAGCCCUCCUCUCCCAUCUGAUUCUCUUUCAUCUCUCUAUCAUUUCCUCCUCCAAAGCCCUUUUCCGACGAAGAAAGCAACCUCGGCCUUCCCGUUUUUCUUCUCCCUCAGAAGCGAAGACGCAGCACCAUGAGAGGAUCCCUUCUUUUCCUCGUCCUCAUCUUUUCUUCCCGUCUAGACUGGACAGUCGAAGCCACCACCACAGCGGUUCUUAUGAAGCAUCUCAAGAACUUCUCUCCCGUUCUCAAGUGGCCGAGGACUUCACCCAAGGCAGUGGAAACAGAUGGAGAUGCUCCUCUGUUUGAGAAUGGUUAUUUUGUGGAAACACUUGUGGAUGGAAACAAGCUCGGGAUUGUUCCUUACACCAUACGGGUUUCUCCGGAGGGAGAGCUCUUUGCUGUAGAUUCUGAGAAUAAUAACAUAGUUAAGAUCACUCCGCCAUUGUCCCAAUAUAGCAGGGCAAGGUUAGUUGCUGGGUCUUUUCAGGGCUACUCAGGGCAUGUAGAUGGUAAACCUAGUGAUGCUCGGUUUACUCAUCCAAAGGGUGUUGCCAUGGAUGAGAAGGGCAAUGUAUAUGUUGCAGAUACUGCUAAUCUUGCUAUUAGAAAGAUUGGAGAGUCAGGAGUGACUACAAUUGCUGGAGGAAAAUCAAAUGUUGCUGGAUAUAGAGAUGGGCCGAGCGAGGAUGCUAAGUUUUCCAAUGAUUUUGACAUUGUUUAUGUUGCAAGAACUUGCUCUUUGUUAGUGGUUGAUCGGGGUAAUGCUGCUCUUAGGCAAAUUUCUCUUCAGCAAGAAGACUGUGAUCCCCAGUUUAACUCAAUUUCUACUUCAGACAUUACCAUGGUGGUUGGUGCAAUCUUGGCAGGCUACAUUUCAUGUUUACUUCAACAUGGAUUGGGAAGUUCCUUUUUCUCUAAGAAGCGGGCUUCAUCAUCAAAACUACAAAAUCAUACUUCACUGAACAAACCUGCCUUGGUUGUUGAAAGCCUGAAAGAAGAAACGGAAGCUGGAUGGCCAUCUCCAGGAAGGCUAAUCUCUGAUCUAGCUAAAUUUGCCAUAGAAGCAAUCAUUAAUGCCCUUCUAAGCCUCAUCAUCUUCCCUCAAAGUCUCUUAUCUGGAAGAAAAGGUCUGACUCCACUGAAAGACAAUCUAAUCAUAACUGAGGACAAAGCAGAGCCACCUCUAGUUCAGAAGCAAGCAAACUCUUCAACCAUGAUGGAGAAUCCAAGCUCCUCAAAUAUCAAUACUGAUACUUCCAUUAGGCACCAGAAGAGCAGCAAGCCACCCAAGUACAAGGAUGGUUCACUUGUGAGUAAGCAUAGAUCAACAAAGAGGCAAGAUUAUACCGACUUCUACAGCGCUGAGGCUUCUCAGAUGGGUUCUAAGAGCCAGAAAGAUAGAACUCGGCACCGUCACCGCGAAAAAAGUGGAGAAAUGGUUUUUGGAGUUGUGGGGACUGAACCAAAAGCAAUUGAGACCAAGCCUAAGGAGUACAACAAUGAACAGAAGUUUGAUCAUUACAACAUGAACAACAAGUAUGGUACAGACAAUUCUUACCGCUUCUGAAAUGUCUUAGCUUACUUAGCGCUGUGUGUGUUGCCUAAUGUGAUUGUAAUGGGAGUAUAGUGUUAUAUGUUCUAUUCUGGAAAGUGAGGCUUGUAUUUCUUGGGAAACUUUAGAACAAUAUAUAGCAGCUUUCCUUACAAUUCCACUGGUUUGUUAGAACCUUGUAAAAUUCCAUAUCUGGUUUGUUAAAUCACAGAUUUAGCUUACUUUUAUA